AUGGCCUUUCAAGGAGCCUCUUCUUCUUCUUCUUUCACCCGUCAAUGGGCUUACGAUGUGUUCUUAAGCUUUAGAGGUGAGGAUACUGGUACCAAUUUUACUGCACAUCUAUAUUCAGCUCUGCGUCAAAACGGAAUCACCACCUUCAUACAUGACGAGCUUACAAGCGGAGAAGAAAUUUCACCAACACAUCUCAAAGCCAUUGAAGAGUCAAAGAUAUCAAUCAUUAUAUUCUCUCAAAACUAUGCAUCAUCUGCAUGGUGCUUGGAUGAGUUAAUGAAGAUACUUGAGUGUGAAAAAACAAAGGGGCAAGAGGUUCUACCAGUGUUUUACAACGUAGAUAAGUUGGAAGUACAGAAUCAAACCUUCAGUGUCGGAAAAGCAUUCACUCAACUUGAAGACAAGUUCAAGGAUGAUAAAAUGAAGAUCCAGAUGUGGAAGAAAGCCCUAACAGAGGCUGCCCAAUUUCCCGGGAAGCCUUUGGAAUUGGGGAAAAGGAUUGAAACUGAAUUUAUACGUGAAAUCAUUGGAUGGGUGAAUCCAAUAUUACUUGAACAGACGCAAUUCCAAGUUGCCCGGCAUCCGGUUGGAAUAGAGUCUCGUGUGCAAGCUGUGAAGUUGCUUUUAGAUAUAGAGAAGAAUGACUGUACAUGCAUGGUAGGAAUCUUUGGAACUGGUGGAGUUGGUAAGACAACUCUUGUCCAAGCUAUCUAUAACUCGAUUGCUUCUCAGUUUCAAAGAAGUUGUUAUCUUGGAGACAUUAGGGAAACUUCCGGUCGAAAGGAAGGUCUGAUCUAUUUGCAAAAUGAACUUCUUGCUAUGAUCCUAAGAGGCUCAAGUCUAAAAGUUGAAAAUGUUCAUCAAGGAAUUACUUUGAUAAAGGAAAGUCUUCACAAUUUAAGGGUACUUCUAGUUCUUGAUGAUGUGGACAAUUUAGUCCAAUUAAAAUACCUAGUUGGAAAAGGUAAUUGGUUUGGUUUAGGAAGUAGAAUCAUCAUAGCCACAAGAAAUAAAUUUGUACUUCGUGCACAUGGAGUUGGUUCAAUAUACCAAGUGAAGGAGUUGGAUCAUAAUGAAGCUCUUCAACUCUUUAGUUGGCAUGCCUUUAAUAGAGAUAAACCUCAUGAUCAUUAUGUGGAAGUCACAACAGAUGUAAUACGUUAUAGUGGAGGAUUGCCACUAGCUUUAACAUUGCUAGGCUCGACUCUAAAAGGUAGAGAUGCACGUUUUUGGAAAAGUAAAUUGGAGGCGUACAAAAGAAUUCCUCCUAAUGAUAUUCUAGAAAACCUUAGAAUAAGUUAUGAUGGAUUGAAUGCAAAUGCGAAGGAUAUUUUCCUUCACAUUGCGUGUUUCUUUAAAGGAGAGAAUGCAGAAUAUGUUACAAAAAUACUAGAUAGUGUUGGUUUUUGCUCAUAUACAGGCAUCGAAGAUUUGAAGGAUAACUGUCUCAUAACUCAAUCUCAUGGAUCAUUGGUGAUGCAUGACUUGGUGCAAGAAGUGGGUAGAGAAAUUGUUCGUCAAGAGUCACCCAACAAACCUGGCAAGCGCAGUAGAUUGUGGUUUCAUGAAGAUGUUCGUUAUGUCCUAGAACAAAAUAUGGGAACAGAGAUAGUUGAAGCCAUAUUGGUAGAUUUGCCUGAAGCAGACUUAAUACACUUGAGUUCCGAAGUCUUCAAGAAGAUGAACAGGCUUAAAUUGUUUAUCUGCCGUAAUGCACGCUUUUCUGAAGAGCUUAAUUUUCUCCCUAAUGAGUUAAGGUUCCUUUAUUGGCCUAAAUAUCCCGAAGAAUCUUUUCCAUCCAAUUUUCAUGGAAAGCAACUUGCUAUUUUAAGAAUGCCUCACAGUAACCUCAAGGGAUUGGAGGGAGUUGAGCUUGUUGAUUUGAGUCUUGUAAACUGCUACAAUCUUAGGAGUUUUCCGAGAAGUCUCAAGUUGAGAUCUCUAGAAUCUUUUGUCCUUCGUGGUUGCUUAAGACUUAAGAACUUUCCUGAAAUUGAGUGUCAAAUGACACAUUUAGAGCACAUCGACUUUCAAUAUACUAGUAUAGAGAAACUACCUUCAUCCAUUGGGUACCUCAUUGGGGUUAAAAAAUUAUAUCUAGCUGGUUGCACAAACCUUACGAGUCUUCCAGAUAGCAUUUAUCAACUACAAAAUUUAGAGUAUUUGAAUCUCAACGGUUGUACUAGUAUAGAAAGAUUGCCUUCAUCCAUUGGGUACCUUGUUAGAAUUAAAACAUUAGAUCUAGGCGGUUGCACAAACCUCAUGAAUCUUCCAAAUAGCAUUUAUCAAUUGCAACAUUUACAGCAACUUGAUCUCCAAGGUUGUUCAAAAGUUGUAAAGUUUCCAAAUAACAGACAAUCCAUACCCUCUAUUGCAUCCACAAAGGAAUUUGAAAUUUCAUCAGCAGUGGAAUCAGUCCAACCGUUCCUCGUUUCUAAUGAUGGUUGUUCCUCAAUAUCAUUUCCAAAACUUCAAUGGUUGGAUCUUGGAAAUUGUGCCCUAUCAGAAUCAAAUUUCUUUACGACAUUUGAUUGUUGCUCUAUGUUGAACCAUUUAGAUCUAUCAGGGAGUGAUAUUGUUACCAUUCCUCGAUGCAUUGAAAGUUUUGUUGGGUUGACAUUUCUUUAUUUGAAUGAAUGCAAACAACUUCGAGAAAUUAUUGGACUUCCACCAAAUGUAGAAGUAGUGAAAGCUAGGGAGUGCAUGUCAUUGGAAAUAUUUUUAGAAGGUAGAAGAUCUCAAUUGUUUAAUACGUGGGAUCCACCAAAACCUAUGGGGCGUGGAAGGCUGUUUCCAACACUACAAUCAUCAAGUCUUGUAAAUAGUGUUGUAACAGAAUCCAAAGAUUGCUUUUUCAGUUUGGAAGAACUAGACCUAUCAAGUAGUGCUAUUGUUAGCCUUCCUACAUGGUUCAACAAAUUUGUUGAAUUGAAAUGCCUUACCUUGAAAGAUUGCAAGCAACUUCGAGAAAUUUCGAAACUUCCAUCAAAAAUAGAAGAGGUAGAUGCACAUGGAUGCACGUCAUUGGAAAGAUUUCAAUCUAAUAAUAUAUAUGAUCUACCGGCGCUUCAAUGGAUUGACUUGUCAGAUUGUCAUAAAAUGUGUGAAAAUAUAGGGAAUGAUGUGCAAUUUCGUUUAUUGAAUAAGGGAUAUCCUGAGGACUAUAAAUUUGUCUGUAUAUUUCCAGGAGAUAAGAUUCCAGAUUGGUUUAGCCAUUCUAAAGAGGUUUCAAAUAGUAAUUCAUGUGAAAUACCUAUUAAUGGGCUUGCACAUUUGGAUGGAGACAUCACAAGAAUUGCUUUGUGUGUUGUUAUUGGAACAAAAGCAAAUAUCCCUGAUGGACAAGAUGAAAUAAUAAAGGGUGGGCAAGAUGAAGAUGCUUAUGGAAUUAUCUUUAAAGUCAUCAAUGGUGGUGAAGAAAUCUAUUCUUAUGUGAAGGAAGAUAUCCCUGGUCAAUUUCACUCAGAUCAUGUAUAA